AAGCGCCCCGUGCUCGCAGUCCUGCUCCUCGGAUCUCACGGCGGAACUCGGAAGUCGUCGGUGCAGUCAGCGAGCAAACGAGCCCUCGCGGCGGAUUCCCCGAUCCGAGCAAAGCAACCCGGUCGACAUGCGGCCGCGGCUGGUGCUCUUCGGCGACUCCAUCACCGAGCAGUCCUUCGCGUCCGGCGGAUGGGGCGCCGCGCUUACCGACCGCUUCGCCCGCCAGGCGGACGUGGUGCUGCGCGGGCUCAGCGGCUACAACACGCGGUGGGCGCUCAAGGUGCUGCCGCGCGCCAUGGAGGGCGCGGCGGGCGCGGGUGCGGACCCGGCGGCGGUGACCGUCUUCUUCGGCGCCAACGACGCCACGCUGCCUGAUCAGGUGCAGGCGCACCAGCACGUGCCGCUCCAGGAGUACCAGAGCAACCUCCGCGCCAUCUCCGCCUACUUCAAGGAGCGAUGGCCCUCCACUGCUAUCAUACUCAUCACUCCCCCACCGAUCUAUGAACCAGCGAGAAUCCGAGACGUGUAUGGAGAAGACGACCCUUCACGCCAACCAGAAAGAAGCAAUGAGGCUGCUGGCGCUUAUGCUCAGGCAUGCAUAGCUGUUGCCACAGAAUUGAAUCAUCCAGUUAUAGACAUCUGGACGAAGAUGCAGGAAUUUCCAGAUUGGCAAACAUCUGCAUUGAGCGACGGGCUCCACUUCACGCCGGCAGGAAACAAGAUCCUGUUCGACGAGGUGGUGAAGACGCUGGAGAGCAUCGGUUUCAGCCAGGAGAGGCUCCCGUCCGACCUCCCCCUGUUCCACGAGAUCCACCCCAAGGACCCCAUGAAAGCCUUCGGAGCUUGAAGAAGAAGACGCCUCGGCGCACGAUUGGAUCAGCGACGUUUGCUCGAUCGUGUCAAGUGACGUGCUCCACUCGUUGUCUGUGGUGCUGCGCGUGCGACUUUUCCUUGUGGAGAUAGAUGUUUUUCUUCCCCUUGUGAGUACAUUAUUCAGUAUGCAUAAAGGACUGCUGAGGCCAUUGCAGGAACAUUUUGAGGCUUAAUAAAUGGCAUUUUUUUUUUCAGUACCGUAUAUUAUAGGGACAAUGUGGUUUCAACAAAUGUCACUAUGGAACAGUUAAGCCUGUG